AUGAGUUUUAGAAAUGCAUUGCCUACUGUUAAUAUAAAUGUUGAUUACCUUAAAAUACAAGAACGGAUUCAGGAUUUUUUACUAAAUUUUAUUGAAUCAUCUAAAAUUGUAAAUGAUAUUGAUGAUGAUUCCAGUGUAAAUAGGGAUACAUUACAUUGUGAGGAUUUUGGUUCAAAAUAUAUGAAAGAAUUACAAGCAAUUGCGAACAGGACUAAAGAUAGUAUUACUAUUGAUUUAAAAGAUCUUGAAGCUUAUGACACAAACAAUAAAGAUCUUGUUAAUAAUAUUAUGAAUAAUACAAAACGAUAUAAUGAUAUUUUUUAUAGAGCUAUAGAUAAUGUAAUGCCUGUUCCCACUGUCGACAUUUCUUAUUCUGAUGAUGUUAUGGAUAUAAUAAUGCAACAACGAUUGCAACGUAAUGAAGUUAAUCAAAAUAAUGGCUCAGAUAAUUUAUUUCCUCCUCAAUUAACUAGAAGGUUUAGUUUAUAUUUUAAACCUGUAGAUAUAUAUGAGAAAGGGAAUAUAAAAAUAUAUACUGUUAAGGAACUUAAGAGUCUACAUUUAGGACAUUUGGUUACUGUUCGGGGAAUAAUUAUAAGAGUUUCUGACGUUAAACCCUCUUUGCAAGUGAAUGCAUAUACUUGUGAUCAUUGUGGCUGCGAAAUUUUUCAAGAAAUUAAAACUAAACACUUCACUCCUAUGAUACAAUGUAUAAGUGAAGAAUGCAGAAAGAAUAAUUCAAAAGGACAGCUUUUUAUGUCUAGUAGAGCAUCAAAGUUCAUACCAUUUCAAGAGGCCAGGAUACAAGAAUUGACAAAUCAAGUAUCGGUGGGUCAUAUUCCACGAACUUUGGUUAUACAUUUAUAUGGUUCUAUUACUAGAUCUAUAAAUCCAGGUGAUAUUAUGGACGUUUCUGGUAUAUUCUUGCCUAUGCCGUUUCUUGGAUUUAAAGCAAUACGUGCUGGAUUGCUUACAGAUACUUAUCUUGAGUGUCAAUAUGUUGUUAAAUUGAAAAAACAAUACGAUAUCAUAGAAAAUACUCCUGAAAUGGUAAGACAGAUUGAAAAACUUAGUACUUCUGGUAAUGUUUAUGAACAACUUUCCAAAAGCAUUGCUCCUGAAAUUUAUGGUCAUGAUGAUGUUAAAAAAGCUCUUCUUUUAAUGUUGGUUGGAGGUGUUACUAAAGAGAUGUAUGAUGGAAUGAAAAUUCGGGGUGAUAUUAAUAUAUGUCUUAUGGGUGAUCCUGGUGUUGCAAAGUCUCAGCUCUUAAAAUAUAUGUCAAAAGUUGCACCAAGGGGUAUAUAUACUACCGGACGUGGGUCUUCUGGUGUAGGCUUAACUGCUACUGUAAUGCGAGAUCCAGUUACUGAUGAAAUGGUUUUAGAGGGUGGUGCUCUUGUUUUAGCUGAUAAUGGUAUAUGUUGUAUUGACGAAUUUGAUAAGAUGGAUGAGACUGAUAGGACUGCAAUUCAUGAAGUAAUGGAGCAACAAACUAUAUCUAUUAGCAAAGCAGGAAUUGUUACUACACUUAAUGCUAGGACAUCUAUUUUAGCUGCAGCUAAUCCUUUAUAUGGAAGAUAUAAUCCUAGAAUUUCUCCUGCAGAUAAUAUUAAUUUACCAGCUGCUUUACUUUCUAGAUUUGAUAUUUUAUUUCUUAUCUUGGAUACACCUGCUAAAGAUGAAGAUGAACGGUUAGCUCGACACGUUUCUUUUGUUCAUAUGAAUAAUCGACAUCCUGAUAUAACUUUUCAGCCUUUAGAUCCUGUAACAAUACGUAGUUAUAUAUCUCAAUCGCGACUUAAAAGACCUGUAAUUUCAAAGUCAGUAUCUGACUAUAUAGUAGGUUCAUAUGUUCAAAUGCGUCAAAAACAGAAGAAUGAUAAUGCAAUGAAAAGGCAAUUUACACAUACAUCUCCACGGACUUUAUUAGGGAUAUUGCGUAUGUCACAGGCUUUGGCACGAAUAAGGUUUAGUGAUAUAGUUGAAAUUGGUGAUGUAGAUGAAGCGCUUAGGUUAAUAGAAGUAUCGAAAUUAACAUUGUAUGAAAAGCAUGAUUAUGAUUCCGAUAUUACUUCAAAAAUUUAUAAGAUUAUUCGAGAUUUGGCUAAUGGUGAUGGAUAUGAAUUUGUAGAUGAAUGGAAUAUGAAAAUUAUUAGAGAAAGAGUCUUAGCAAAGGGAUUUACUGAAAAUCAGCUUGUUGAUUGUAUAAAAGAAUAUCAAGAUUUGGGUGUAUGGCAGUUAAGAUUGGAUGGUAGUAAAUUAAUUUUUAUUACUGGAUAGAAUGAAAAUAAUUU